AUGGCUUAUGCCGAACCGCUAAAGAAUAAAACCGGACUUGAAGUCACGCAGGCAAUGGAGCGAAUUAUACGGAAAAUCAUAAAGCAGUACCGUCAUAUCAAUAAUCUACAUUCCGACCAGGGUUCCGACGUAAUGAAGGCGUCCAUAGUCGAACGCUUGAUAAAAACUAUCAAACGCCGUCUUUAUACACAAUUUAGUCUUCAAGGAAAUUAUAAAUGGCUGGGAAUUUUAUCGCAUACAAUACAUGAUUACAACAACAGUUGGCACUCGACUAUUCGUAUGAAACCUGUUGAAGUAAAUGCUCAAAAUGAACAGCAAUUACUUGAUACCGUUUAUAAUUAUAAACGAUUGGAACCGUCAACAGCUGCCGCUGAAGCAAUAAAAAAAUAUCAACUUCGACGACGGAGUGCUAAAUUUAAAGUUAAUGACCCCGUCAGAUUAUCCAAAUAUAGAACAGUAUUCGAUAAAUCAUACUUGCCACAGUGGUCAACGGAAAUAUUUCGAAUUAAAAAAAUUCAAUAUAACACCGAUCCGAUUACAUAUCUGCUAAAAGAUUAUCAAGAACGUGAAAUCAAAGGCAGC